AUGGAGGAAGAAUUAGAUCAUUCGGAGGAAGAAUUAUGGGAGGAAACAUGUAUGGGAGCUGCUGAACGUCCUAUUACGGAGGAAGAGAAAAUAUUUACGGAGGAGGAAUUAAUUGAAAUAGCUCAGAAAAUAUCCAUGGCAGAAGCAUAUACUUAUGCUGCUCAAAUUCCUAUGACAGAGCAAGUGAAAACAAUUACGGAGGAGGAAGAAAUUAAAAUAGCUCAGAAAAUAUCCAAGGCAGAAACAUAUACAGAUGCUGCUCAAAUUCAGCAGGUGAAAACAUCUACGGAGGAGGAGGAGGAAAUAGAAUCAGGUGAGAAAAUAUCCAAGGAAAAUACAUAUACAGAUGCGGCUAAAAUCCGUGUGACGGAGGAAGAGAAAACAUUUACGGAGGAGGAAACAGCUGAGAAAACAUUCAAAGAUUUGGGGCUCACGUAUGACAUCAACAAACUGGCCGAACUGCAACACAUAGCUCAGCAAGUAGUUGACGCCAUCGUUGGGUUGAGCCUGAGUCGGACACGCACAUCUCAACGGAACAUGAAGCCUUGCUCCAACUUGCAACGCAUUUGCUGCAAAAUCGUUCUGGACUUGGAGGGCUUGGCAUGUGGACAAGCCCUGGAACGUGUUGUUGGCGAUGACGAAGUACAGUGUGAGGCCAUACCUAUUGCUUUAGCGGGAAGAGAUGUGAUCGGGCUCGCCCAAACCCGGUCGGGCAAAACCGGCGCAUUCGCGAUUCCGAUCAUCCAAUCGCUUCUCGAAGCUCCGGAGGCGUUUUUGGCCUGCGUGCUGUUGCCGACGCGUGAACUCGCCAUUCAGAUAGCCGAGCAGUUCGAAGUCCUGGGUGCCGGAAUUGGCCUCAAAUGUGCUGUGCUUGUGGGAGGUGUAGACCAAGCACAGCAGAGUAUUGCCCUUGGAAAGCGGCCGCACAUUGUUGUGGGUUGA